CGCCGCGCGCCGUCGGUCGGUGACCACGUGUCUCCGUCCGGCCUGCCAGCGGACCAUGUGGAGGAGCAAGAUGGCGGCGCGGUGGAUGAGGAAAGACGAGGUUUUAAACGCCGGCAACAGCGAUUUUCUGGCCAGCAACACCCCAAAUGAGUUGAUCCUGAGUGCUGGUGGUGUGGGCGGCGUGGACAUGGACACACAGUCCUGUGUGGAUCGCUCCAUCCUGGCCAUUUUUGAAGACUCCACCGUUGCAUCUGAGGGCAAGAUGGGAAUGGAGGAAGAAAGCGAGAGUCUGCUGUCUGCCCUGACAGAGAUGUUGGACAGUGUGGAGGAUGAUGACGCGACUCUGUCUCCCUUUGACACCCUGCCAGACACCAACCUCCUCAGCCACACAGAGCACAGGGACAACUCAGUGGAACCAUCUCUCACUCACAGACUAAGGCAGAGACCUAAACCACCCAAUGUUACAUUCAAAGUUAAGAGUGAAGGUGAAAGUGACCAGGAGUGCAUGGAGCUUUGUCUCCCAAACAUUAAGAAAGCAGAGGCUGAAGUGGAGGUUUUCACCUCGACGUCUCUCGCUAACCUGGUGAAGAUCAUGCACUCCUACUGUCUGAAGCUGCACGUGGAGGAAGGGGACAAACUGAGGAAAAAGCACACCAUAUUCUCCCAGGAAGAGGUGUGGAAGUAUGAGCAUCCCACUGAAGAGAGCGACGAGGAGAUAAAUGUUGUGUCGGAUGAUGAGACACCUGUGAAAAAGACAAAGGAGGAAGCCAUUGCAGGUGGACGAGGAGAUAAUGGGCACCUUCUGAAGAGCGUGCUGCUGAAUGGAAACUCGUCUAGACCUCCACCACCCAGAGAGAAGAAGAGAGUGAGCUUUGGCCCAGUUCAAGUGGCUCUGUUUGACGAAUCAGUGGAAAAUGGAUUGAAUGAGGACAUUUUAACAAGUGGCCACAUGAGUGAAACUGAGUCAGUGAACAGCAUGAAAGCACUUGAGAAACCAGACGACUCAGCACUUGAACCCCCGACACUGUCCUCAGAAAUGAGUCAUAACGAGCCUGAGGUGCAGGCACUUAAAGCUGAGACAAAGACGAAAUCACUCAGCCUCCAACAAUACAGGCAGCUUCGCCAGAAGAGACAGCCCCUGGUGGAGACACAGGGGAAGUACACCACCAAGUGGCCGUCUGUUUCUGUGCCCCCCAAGGAGCUGACCCCCAUCCUCUGUUUAGAAAACAGCUGUAGACCAAAGACAACAGACCAUUAUACAGACGUCCACAAACCCCAUCACAAGACUUCAUCCCGUUGUGCCUCUCUGCCAGCCAGGUCCCCGGAGGCCGCUACUUGUCUACGUCGCAGCGGAUUAAAGCGCUCAAGGACUGAAUCCAAGCUCAUCUCACCUGUUAGUCCGCUGCCGGGGGGCGCCACAGCUAACCUAAAUGACACUGUGCCAGAGAGCAAGAGAAGUCCAGUAAAGAAAGUGACACUACUCAGCAGUGAUCCUCCCAAUCCUGUCCUCGUCCCCCUGCCAGUCCUUCAGACAGCAUCCACUGCAGACUCCUCAUCAGAGCCCACAGUGGAGUUUCUCAGCAGAAACUUGAAACAAAUUGAAGAUAAAUCCUCAGCUGCAGCUCCUCAGAGACAGACCUCAGAGCCAAAGACUCGGGUGUCGUUACCGAAUAAGGAUUUUACCCCGAGCUGCACCACACUGCAUCCUAAGGCCAUAUUAACUACGAUACCUCCAGGCGCCUCGUGUAUAACUGCAGCCCAAACUCAAUCUGCUUCAGACAGCGUCAAACCACCAAAGACUCCUGAUACAGUGACACCAAAAGUAUAUCCCCCCUCCGCCCAACACUGCAGUCAACCGUCUUCUCCUGUAGAUGGUCCCAUACUGGUAACAAAGGAGGAGUUACCAGACGUGUCCCCCAGCGACCGUCCUUCUGAGAAACCAGCAGCGCUUCAGACCAGCUGUAGGGGGCAGAGUUUAACAGCUGACUCAGGAAUUGAAGCUCCUGAUCUGACCAGCCUGCUGGAGCAGUUUGAAGAGACGCAGGCUAAAGAGGAGAGAGUUUGUGAGGACAAGCCCCAUGCUCCUUUACCUGCUAACCAACAAACACACAGACUCUCAGACCUGGACAGAAUUCUUCCUGCGGGACCAGAAAAGACAUCCAGAAUACUGCAGACAUGCUCCGUAGAUCCCCUUGAAUCUUUAAGCACUUCACAAAGUCCUGGGACACAAAAAGCAGUCAGGAAUCUGCCAGGUUUCCAAACACUGGAGGGUGUGGACAUCCCAGAGCCUCUCUGCACUGAGAUCAUCCUGAGCACUCAGCAAGAGCAGCCUUCCAGACGCAGAAAUCCUCCACCCAAGGCCAUUCAGAUAAUUGACCCCCGUCCUCUGCCGUCAAAGAAGAUUCAGACAAGCCUGUCAGAGUCGCCCGCUGCUCAGUACUCGCCCCACAUUUAUUCAUAUAUAUCCUCAGAUCACGAUUACUGCGGCUCUGUAGAUUAUUCCCCUCUGACUUCUUCUCAGCGCAGCAGAGCCAAGACCUCAUUUAAGGAAAUUCCUAAAACCACAGCUGAACCUCAGGUGACGACUCAGGACUCAGCCGGUGAAGGCAAGAAGCAGAACCCAGCUGGACUCACAAAGUCUGUGCCGCUGCAACACUCAGAGGAACCCCGGAUGAGAACGGAGGCGGAGCAGUCGACAAACAAAGCUCUGCAAUUUUCACACACAGGAGAUGAUGGACCAAAUGAAAACGGGGCAGCCCCAUGCGGUCCCCCUACACCUCCACCCAGCCCUCCUUUCAGAGGGAGAGACAGAAGGAGGUAUUGGAGAAGAUCUCCAAGGUCCGACUCAAGCUCCAGCUCCUGUUCUUCGUCAUCAUCUUCCUCCUCCAGCUCCGCAUCCCGCUCUCCGAAAAGACCAAGGCUCCAUCACAAGCGUUCAGAGAGCAGUUCGUGCUCGUCGUCUUCCUCUUACUCCCGCUCCCCUCCUCGGCGCUACAGGUCGUCUCGCUCCAGAUCAGGUUACAGCAGGUCAAGAUCCAGGUCCUGGUCUCGGUCCAUGUCCCCGUCCCAGUCACGGUCCCCGUCACCGCAGAUAUGCCACAGGCGGUGGAGAGAUGUUUGCAGCAGCAGAGAGGCCAGGAAGCUGAGGAGGGAGCAGAAGAUCAGGAUUCAAAAACUCAAAGCCAUAGAUGAGCGUAGGGUCGUGUACGUCGGCCGCAUCAGCAGGUCCAUGACUCAUGAAGAGCUGAGAGACCGCUUCACUCAGUUCGGAGAGGUGGAAUGUGUGUCGCUUCACUUCAGAGAUAGAGGGGACCACUACGGCUUUGUUACCUUCUACAACAUGGAAGAUGCUUUUGCAGCCAUCGACAACGGCGGCAAACUACGGAAGCCUAAUGAGCUGCCGUUUGACAUCUGCUUCGGCGGGAGACGGCAGUUCUGUAACACAGACUACGCUGAUCUAGAUGCCAACAGAGAUGCAGAACUAACUCCUCCUAAGAGCCGGUGUCAGGACCUCGACUUUGAUUCGUUGCUGAAACAGGCUCAGAGAGGAUUAAAGAGGUAGCAGGAGGAGGACAAGAACAGCGAGGUGGAGGAAGAAAAGAUGACAAACCUCUGAGCAUCACGCUCACACUUAUGUAGCAAUUGUUUGUAUGUUUUUUUUUAUAUGUUCUGACUCUAAUCUCUUUUAAUUCUAUACAAGCAUGCAGUUUCUAUGUGUACAGUUCACAUGUACAAAUAUGUAGCACUCAUAUGCAUGCAGUUUUUAAUUUGUGGAGUUGACAUGUAGCACUCUUAAUUUGAAAAGAUUUUUGUUGCAUUCCAUGACACUGACAAAGUUUUGUACGUUGAAAUAAAGGCUGUUUAUUGGUCUUGAA